GCAAAACCAUGGAAGGGAGCGGAGCGGCCAUGGCGUGGCAUCGCGGUGGCGACCGCACUUUUUCAUCGCACCCCUCUCACCUCCAUGGACACGUCUGCGCGCGAGUGCGAUGUCUGUUUCGAACCUGUGCCGUUGUGGGACGACCACUUGGCCACGAUAUGCAACUUGUCGUGUCCGGCAGUUGUUUGCAUCGACUGCGCCCGCACGUACCUUCAGCACUUCGCGACAUCGUUCGUGCCAGGACUGGCCAUCAAGCCACGCUGUCCUGUGUGCCCCAACCACAUGCCGCUCUCGCGCCUCGGCCAUGUGGACACGGAACUGGCCGACUGGAUCACCAAGCUGACGUAUAAAGCAACUGAGCUGCGCUGUUCGUACUGCGACCAGUCGACACCUCUUCUUGGCCCAGACUACCCGACUCCACCGACACUUUUUCUCACUCCAUCCCUCAAGAUGAAGCUGCCAUGGCUGCGCCGUCUGGUCCGCAAGUUCGUGCGCUAUCGCAUUUCAGCGGCAGCGCUUCACGACUACAUCAUGUUGGCGUUUGGUCCGUCGCGCCCCGAGACAUCGUCGCUUCGACCCAAUUCCUUGGCACCCGUCGCCAAGAACAUUCUCGUCGUGGAGCACGUCUUGAAUCUUCUAGACGACCCCGAACGACGCACGACAUUUGGCCUUCUUCACUUCAGCCGCGUGCGCGCGGUAAAGUCGCCAUGCUGCAGCAUCCGGCUCUGCUUUGAGUGCAAGUCUGCCUUCCACCAUGGAAUGUGCAAGCCGCUAACAAAUCAUGCAUUCAACGAGGUCGUGACGUGCCCUGAAUGCUCGAUCUCGCUCGUUCGCGGCGACGGAUGCAACUCGAUGACGUGUGUCUGUUCGGCCGAGUUCUCUUGGUCCGACCGUGUCGAGGUCGCAGCGGUGCAGCACCGCGCUGCGAGCAUGGCGGCGCUCUUGCAACGUCCGCGUGGACGCGACAGCAUGCAACGCGUCGUGGAGUUCUGUCGGGUGCUGGUUUGGAAGCGCAGGUUCCAAACGAACGUGCUGCGCGACGUGCGGACAACGGUGCAUGCCACGGCGUGGCGCCGCGUCGUCCACUAUUGCAAGCGCUUGGUGUGGAAAACAAAGUUCUCUGCUGUGCUGAAUCGAAUGGUUCGCGCGUGUUUGCUGCGGGAAUUCAACCAAGAACGUCAGCGACGCAUGGCGGCAGCUUCCUCGCUGUCAAAAUCGACCAUCGUGCCGACAGCCAUGCCGAAGAAACUUCCCCAUGCCGUGGCAGGAACGUCAACGGUCUGUGCUGCUAUGGCGUAGCCGUCGCGGUCAGUGCCGCACAAACCUGAGCCGGGCCGCCCUACCGAUGCAAGUUGUGGCGACGGCAUUCCUUACAUCUGCUUGAUAACUCGAUGGACAUGUUGGAUGCAUAUGACUGUGCAUUGUGCAUCGAUUGUGUCGAGGCUCGUUCAUGUAGCUGCUGCUGGCCUUGGCCACCUUGAGCGCCGCU